AUGGAUUCUUCACGAAUGACUUCAAAAGAAUCUACACCACUUCAUACAUUCAAAGAACCCUCUGCUUACGAAACACAAAUCAAACGUUAUCGAUAUCUUUUAGAUCAAACUGAAUUGUUUGCCCAUUUUUUGAAUUUGAAAGAUGUUAAAGAUGAUGCCAUGAAAGCAGUUUUGAAAGAAAAAGAAUUACAAAAAUUGAAUUCUGACGAUGGAUCAAGACGUAGAAGAAAGACAGAAAAAGAAGAAGAUGAAGAAAUUCUAAAUGAUGAACAAAGAGAGAAUGAAGACGAGAUGACUGUCUUUACUCAAUCCCCUUCUUACGUCACAGGAGGCACACUUCGAGAAUACCAAAUUCAAGGUCUGAAUUGGAUGAUUUCAUUAUUUGAAAAUGGUAUCAAUGGUAUUCUUGCUGAUGAAAUGGGCCUUGGUAAAACAUUACAGACAAUUUCAUUUUUGGGUUAUUUGAAGCAUGUGAGAGGCAUUAAGGGUCCUCAUUUGGUUGUUGUGCCUAAAUCCACAUUACACAAUUGGCUAAAUGAAUUCAAGAAAUGGGUGCCUGAUUUCGAUGCCUUUGUCUUUCAUGGUGAUAAAGACACGCGUGCACAAUUGAUCAAAGAUCGUAUUCAGCCUGGUAAAUUCGAAAUCUGUAUUACUUCUUAUGAAAUCUGUUUAUUGGAAAAAUCACAGUUUAAAAAAGUCAAAUGGCAAUAUAUUAUCAUUGAUGAAGCUCACCGUAUCAAAAACGAAAAUUCAAUGCUUUCUCAGCUUGUUCGUAUUCUUCAGUCCAGAAACAGACUCUUGAUUACCGGUACACCACUUCAGAACAACUUGCAUGAAUUAUGGGCCCUGCUCAACUUUUUAUUGCCUGAUGUCUUUAGUUCAUCUGAAGUGUUUGACGAAUGGUUUGAAAAGCAAGGUGGUGAUCAAAAGAAAGUGGUUGAACAAUUACAUAAGGUGCUAAGGCCUUUCUUGUUGCGUCGUAUUAAGUCAGAUGUUGAAAAGUCCUUGUUACCCAAGAAGGAAAUCAAUGUCUAUGUUCGUAUGACACCUAUGCAGAGACAAUGGUACCAAAAGAUCUUGGAAAAGGACAUUGACGCCAUUAAUGGUGUGGGUGUCAAUAAGCGUGAAGGAAAGACACGUUUGCUGAAUAUUGUCAUGCAGCUUAGAAAGUGUUGUAACCAUCCUUACCUCUUUGACGGUGCUGAACCUGGCCCACCUUUUACAACAGAUCAGCAUUUGGUAGACAAUGCUGGCAAAAUGGUUGUCCUUGACAAGUUGCUCAAGAAAUGCAAAGCUCAAGGAUCCCGUGUCUUGUUGUUUAGUCAAAUGAGUCGUGUGCUUGAUAUUUUAGAAGAUUAUUGUUGGUGGAAAGAUUACCAGUAUUGUCGUAUUGAUGGUCAAACAAGUCAAGAAGAGCGUAUUGAUGCCAUUGAUGAGUAUAAUAAGCCUGGAAGUGAGAAAUUCAUCUUUUUGUUGACUACCCGUGCUGGUGGUCUUGGUAUCAACUUGACCACGGCUGAUGUAGUUGUCUUGUAUGACAGUGAUUGGAACCCUCAAGUAGAUUUACAAGCCAUGGACCGUGCACAUCGUAUUGGACAAACAAAGCAAGUCUAUGUCUUCCGUUUUGUGACUGAGAAUGCCAUUGAAGAAAAAGUCCUUGAACGCGCUGCUCAAAAGCUUCGUUUGGAUCAACUAGUCAUUCAACAAGGCCGUAUGAAUGUGGGUCAAAAGUCAAAGGCAGCCUCAAAAGAAGACUUGCUUACCAUGAUUCAACACGGUGCUGAAAACAUCUUUAAGGAUUCAGAUGCCAAUGAUGACACAACAGACGAUAUUGAUGAAAUUUUGCGUAUCGGUGAAGAAAAGACAGCUGAAUUGAACAACAAGUACUCUAAUCUCAAUAUUGAUGAUCUCAAGAACUUUUCUUCAGAAAGUGCUUAUCAAUGGGAUGGCGAAGACUGGAGUCAUAAACGUAAGGCUGAAAGUGUCGGUCUUUCUUGGCUAGGUCCUGCUAAGAGAGAGAGAAAGGCUAAUUAUGCCGUGGAUGACUAUUACAAAGAAGCCUUACGUACAAGUACUCGUACACCUUCUACAAAAGCACCUCGUCCCAAGAAAUACAAUAUUGAAGAUUUCCAAUUCUUCCCUGCUCGUCUGGCUGAAUUAAAUGAACGCGAUACGCUUUAUUUGAGAAAAUCAUUAGGCUACAAGAUUCCUCCUGUGGCACUUGAAGAAGGUGCUACUGACAAGGAAAUCAAACAAUUGGAACAAGAACGAGAAGAAGAACAAAACAAGAUUGAUUCAGCUGAACCCUUGACAGAAAAAGAAGAAGAGGAGCGAAAAGAACUGUUCACAAAGGGCUUUUCUAACUGGAGCAAAAAAGAUUUUGCUAUUUUCAUCAAUGCCUGUGCUAAAUAUGGACGCAAAGACUUGGAAUCUAUCACAUCAGAAUUAGAAGGCAAGACAUUAGAUGAAGUGAAAAAGUAUUCCAAAGCCUUUUGGUCUCGUUACAAAGAAAUUGCUGAUUAUGAGAGACACAUCUCAAAGAUUGAAAAGGGUGAAAGUGAAUUAGAAAAACAAGCUGAUAUCCAAGGUCAAUUGACAGAGAAAGUGCAACGUCACCGUGUUCCUCUUCAACAACUUAAGAUUCACUACACUCAACCUACCAAAGGCAAAAACUAUACAGAAGAAGAAGAUCGUUUCCUUGUUGUGAUGCUUGAAAAGUACGGUUAUGGUACAGAAAAUGUCUAUGAUAAUAUUCGUCGUGAAAUCAAACAAUCUCCUCUUUUCCGAUUUGACUGGUUCCUCAAGUCCAGAACUUCUCAAGAAGUGGCCAGACGCUGUAAUACCUUGAUCAGUUUAAUUCAGAAAGAAAAUGCAGAAUUCGAAGAACCUGAAGAGAAAAAGGUAAGCCAAAGAAAAAGGGAGAAAUUCUUUAAUGUCAAUACAGUUCAGCGUCAACUUAUUGCUAUUUUCGAUCCCGAGAAUCUCGCCAAGGACAAUUUCUUUCGUGAACUUGUGGAAAGAGAUCCUGAGCACUGGGUCCCUCUUAAGAAACUCGGUAUGAUCAAGCGUUUUAAGGAAAUCAUCGGAGGUGAUCUCUCCUUGUUUGAACAAGCAGCUGCUCUCUCUCCUGCCGACUUUGAACUUAAUGAAGCCAAGACACACUUACGUUGUAUCACAAAGCCAGAGGAAAAGAAGCCUGUUGUAAACGAUAACCAUGAAGACAACAAGGCUGCUAGAGAAGAAAAAAGAAUGGCUCAAAAAAAAGAAGUGAUGCUUAGCUUUUUCGAGACACAAAACAAGCGUUCCAUUUAUGCUAAAGGCUUCUCUACAGAAUCAGAGGAAGAACCUUCAGAGCCUGAAUUGAAAGCAUUCUAUGGUAACUAUGGCCGUGUGCUUUCUGUACGUCUUCGUCGUGAAGACAAUAAGCGCGACGGUGCUUUCAAAGGUAGUAUCUUUGUUGAGUUUGAAACUCCAGAAAUUGCUCAAAAAGUGGUUGAAGAAGCCACUGAAUUCAAGACCUAUAGCCUUACCAACAUGAUUAAGGCUGAUUAUGUAGAAAUGAAGCGUGUAGAGAAAUUCAGUGGUCAGGAUCAAGAAUUUGUCUUGAGAAACCUCACUCACCGUCACUUGGUUGAAUAUUCAAAUGCCAAAAACUAUGGCUUCAAAGACAUUAAGGAACUUGUGAAGGCAGUUCAUCCUCAUGUAGGUCGUUUAGAGCCGAUUGACGGAAGUAAGACAGGCUGCGGUGUCGUGGAGUUGUUCAAGAUUACGCCUGAAGAAUUCUUAGCCAAAUUACCUGAACAAAAGAUUGAAGAGAUUCAAUUCUUUUUAGUCAGUGCUUCUGCUCGUGCUCAUUUUAACAAGGUGCAAAAGGAUGCUCAAAAGAAGGGCCAUGGUGGUAGAGGUGGUGGCCGUGGCGGUCGUGGUGGCAGCCGUGGUGGACGUGGUGGUAAUCGUGGUAACGGUGACAAAAAGAGAGGCAAUGAUAACCCAAACAACAUUGAAGUCAGCUCAAAGCGUGCUCGUACCGUCGUCGAAGUCAAGGCAAGCACACCUAUUGAAGUAAAGACUAGUACCCCCAAAUAA